AUGCAAACAUACAAGGACAUAUUCUUGAACCACGAUGAAGAGAGGUUUCAGCAAUAUCUUGAAGACGCGAGAGCAGGGAGAACGAAGAUAGCUGCGGGAGCUUUGUUACCUCAUGAGAUAAUCCGUGAUUUAGAGGGUCGUAGAGAUGGUGGAUAA